GUGUAAAUCAAACACACAACUCACCUACGUUGUCAUUUUGACUGACAUUUUGCAAAAUAUCUUAACUAGUAGCUGACAAACGUUGAAAUAGUAAUUUGGACUGACAGUGACAUCCUACAGAAUAUCUUACUGACAGUUGACAUAUAGCUUGAAUUUUAGCUGAAGCCUUUUCUACACAUAAGCAAAAACCCGAAUAAAAGAAACACUAUUGAUGUCAGGCUGAAGUGGUUCUUGUAUAUAUAAUGCGACAUUCGUUAGCUGUUCUUAACACUUCCCAACACUACCCUCUAUUUUAUUUCAAUCCUAAGUUAAUUGACUGAUCCUAUUUUCUCGACCAACUGAUUGACCAUCCCAGCCAAAAUUUUGUCUGAAAUUCAGUCACUCGACCAAACUGAUUUGUCAAGCUCCUUUCCCAACAAAGAAAUUGCUGGUAUAAAUCCCGUUCCCAGAGGUCCAACUCCCAUUUUCGCAAUGAAAAUGUAGCCAAAUCCCGGCUCUCAGUUACUCAUAAAGUUGAUUUGAACAAUUGAAAAGCAUUCUUUGAUUUUUGUCUGCCUGAAACCUAUUAUGAAAUAGAUAUUGCAGAGAUCAUCCCAAGAAAAAUUCAGAUCUGCCCAUUUCAAGGCGAACAGACUAUGAGGCAGUGGCUGGCAUGUUUAUAUUGGACACUGCAAUAGUUGUGAAUGUCCGGGGUGAUUUCUCCCCCAAAAAUUUAAAUUUGUCUUAUUUUGAAGCCAAGAAAGGUCAUUUGGAAAUCCUACUUUUUUUUAAAAUGUUGAAAGCCAUUUUAAAUCUAUAAUGUAUAAACUGUUUACGUAUAACUAUAAGCCAUUUGCCCGCAUCAGUUUGACUUUUUAGGAAUCGUAACUUUUUGGCUUUUCUUGACUUUUUCAAGACCACUGUUUGGUAAUGCGCAAGCAGCAAUACACUAUAUUUCGCGUAACAUAACGUACAUCCUAAAAAAUCCAAGAUGGCGGAAAAAUCACAGCAAAAAUCAGAAGAAAGUUUUGUCCGUCAAAGAAGGGGCCCUCAACGACAGACGCCGAAACAAAAGAACGACAUCUAUGUCAACAAACAGUCAGAUUUUAAAUUCCAACUCGAAAGAGCACAAAAACUGUUGGAUUCUGGUUGGAAUGAAGUUUUUAUACAUGGGUUAGGGGCGGCCAUCAAUCGAGCUGUCAAUUUGGCGUUGCAGUUAGAGCAAGAAGGACAUGGCAGCAUACAGAUUUCAGCACAAACAUCCAGCACGCAAGUGGUAGAUGAUUUUAGGCCUUUGGAUGAAGAACAGGAAAGUUAUUCUGAAACGAGAACUAAAUCUUCGAUCAAGAUUAAAGUUUAUAAAAUAUGUACAGAUGAAAGCGGAGUGCUGACUAAAACGUGAUACUCUGUGUAUAUGGGAUAUAUAUAUAUAUAAUAUAUAACUAGUUUAAUAAAGUGAACUUAAUUGUUGGGACCACGAAAAAUUAAGUUAAAUUUCUAAAGAAACAAAAUAUUUUGAGAGAAUUUGCAGUCUUUUUUUGUUGUUAUUAUUUUGUUUUUAUAUGAAUAUGAAGUCUUAAAAAAUGUUC